AUGGGUCAAACUCGAAGGAAGGUGCCUGGUCGUGCUGUUGAAACUGCUGGUGGACACACAUUGUCGAUUGAUGAACAAGUGACGUUGGUGUUGGAUGCUGCGGGGUACAAGCACAGCGUCGAUGCCUUUGUGUUGGAUACCAAGUUUGACGUUAUCCUCGGACGCGACUGGUUGAAAGCUGUGAAUCCAAUACCAGCAUGGGAUGUCGACACUUGGCAAAUCAACAAGAAUGGUCAUCAGUAUUUGCUUCGUCCCAAACAUGAACGCACCUUUCCCGAUUUGGCCUACCUACUUUCGGAUCGGCAACUACAACGACAUGAUCGCCUCAAAAGGAUCUCCGAGUUCUAUCUUUGCUAUGUCAAGCCCUCCGAAAACGUUGACAAGGAGUCUAUUGAUGCAUUGCUCAAUGAGUUCAAGGACGUGUUUCAAGACCGUUUGCCUGGUUUACCUCGUGAACGGGAUGUAGCACAUAUCAUUGACACUGGAGAUGCCGAACCAAUCAAUCGACCACCCUUCAAGAUGAGCCCUUUGGAGCUGGACGAGUUGCGCAAACAACUAAAAGAAUUGUUAGACUUACGUCUAAUUCGCCCUAGCACAUCACCUUGGGGGGCACCUGUUCUUUUUGUGCGCAAGAAGUCCGGUGAAUUACGCAUGUGUAUCGAUUAUCGCGCCAUCAACCAAGUUACUCGACGUCAUGGUCAUCCUUUGCCUCGAAUCGAUGAAUGCUUGGAACGUCUCAGUGGUGCCCAAUACUUCACAAGUCUCGAUUUGAAAAGUGGAUAUCAUCAACUGCGUAUUCGUGAUCAAGAUGUUCCCAAGACAGCGUUCAACACUCGUUAUGGCUCUUAUGAAUGGCUGGUAGUUCCUUUUGGUCUUCGCAAUUCGCCUGCUCUAUUCCAGUCCACUAUGAAUAGAGUGCUCAAUGACUUCCUUGAUGACUUUGUGAUGGUAUACCUGGAUGAUAUCUUGAUCUACAGCAAGACCAAGGCCGAUCACGAGGUGCAUGUUCGCAAGGUGUUGCAAUGUCUGAGGGAUGAGGAGUUGAUUGCCAAUCUUCGCAAGUGUGAAUUCUACAAGACCGAGUUGGAGUUUCUUGGCUUUCAAGUAUCUGGAGCGGGAACCUUACCUUCACCAAGCAAGGUCAAGGCGAUUCAAGAAUGGCCUGUGCCCACCAAUGUGCAAGAAGUGAGACAAUUCGUUGGUCUUGGAUCGCACUAUCGUCGUUUCAUUCAAGACUUUGCUGCAUUGGCGUCUCCAUUAACGGACUUGACGAAAGGAACGGGAACCAAGAAACGAGCAAUUGUUUGGUCUGAAGAGUGCCAACGCGCUUUUGACGAGAUCAAAGCCCGCAUUUCCCAAGCCCCUAUUUUGUCACCACCAAAUCCGCACAAGCCAUACAUCAUCGAGACAGAUGCUUGUGAUUAUGGUGUGGGAGCAGUGCUAUUACAAGAAGGACCCGAUGGCGUAAAGCACCCGAUUGCGUUCGAAUCCAAGAAGUUAUCCGAUGAAGAACGAUCUUAUCCAGCACAAGAAAGGGAGAUGCUUGCUAUCCUUCAUGCAUUGAGAGCUUGGCGGUGUUUCAUUGAAGGACGUCCUUAUACGGUUUUCUCUGAUCACAACCCACUCAAGUAUUUCCGGACACAAGUUAAGCCUACGCCUCGUCUCACACGUUGGAUGGCGGAAAUUGAGUUGUAUGAUCCCACCAUUUUGUACAAGCCUGGCAAGGAAAACUGUGUCCCGGAUUUACUUUCAAGGCGUGAUGGGUCCCGAAUGUGUCACCAAUGA